UUUUCGAAUUCCCUCGGAAUUCAAAUUUCGAAGAUGACGAGGUCUCCGAGUGUAGCAGCGGCGGAGCACAGCCGUGAAACCGCGGCGGUUGCAGAUUCUUCUUCUUCCCGGUGGUUGAUCGGGUUCGCUCGGUUUGUUCCGUAUCCGUAUGCAUCCUCCUCUCUUCCACUCCUCGUCCCUCUCACGGAGAAGAUCCGGCAUCGCUCGCCACGUGGCACCUGGAUGUCGGCCUCGCCGGCUUCGGCCACCGUUUCUUUCCGGAUUUCGGCCGACGCCUCCAUCUCCGACGCGAUCCUCGCCGUGGAACUCGACGGGAAGGUCCUUGAAGAACACUACACAUCCAAGCUGAAUUUCUCGUGGCCCCAGAUGAGUUGCGUUGCUGGGUUUCCGCCUCGCGGUAGCAGAGCCAUUUUCGUUAGCUACAAGGAUUCUGCUAAUGAGAUUCAGAAAUUCGCUUUGCGGUUCGCUACUUGUGAUGCAGCAGAGACCUUUGUGGAAACUUUGAAGGAGAAAGUGAAGGGUUUAGGGGAAGUUGCUGGGACUCAGAAAAGUGACUAUAAAUCUGAAAUUUCGUUUGAGUCAGAUCGCAUGUCUUCAAACAAGAUCAUCCCCAGAGAAAGUAAGGAAGAUCCAGAAAUUGUCAUCCCUCUUGACAGUUACAUCCCUGAAAUGCCACCGAGAAUCGAGUAUGAAGUUGAGCAGCAAGUCGGGCUUAGUCACAUCCCCAACAAGGCUUCUACCGCUCUCCCUCCAAGUUUCACCACAUUACUCUCUGAGUGUUUCUCCCAAGCCAAUCAAGGUGCAGACCCAACAACUGUGAAAGAGAAUUCUGAUCUAAAGCUUCAAAUAAUGAGGUACAUGGAGGAUUCCUCAUUUCAAGAUAUGCUGCUCAAAGUGGACAAAAUUAUCGACGAAAUCGGAGGUAACUGGAUUUUCUGAGUUUCCUCGAUUCAUUGCUCCUACCUUUUUUUUUUUGUCUAAAUCCCGAGUUUUAAUAGUAUAUAUGAUCGUGUUUCUACUAUGAAUGUUCAUAGUAUCAGUUUCUCUCUUUCCUCGAUUCAUUCGAUCAUAUUUUAAACUGUCUGCCUUCGUUUUUGAUGUAUGGAGAUGUUAGCUUUAGCUUCGUGGUUUGGUUGGUUUUCCCCCCUCUUUUCGGCCGUGCAUAAACAUUAUAGCU